AUGGUCUUAUCUGCGACCCUGAUGGUAGCGAUCCUCAGCUCCUGUUCUUUUGCUCAAGUCAAUGUGCAACCGAUCAUAACAGAGCAUACGGGCAGCAUCUGGACUUCCAUGAAGGAGUUAGACCUGCUGCAUCGCUCUCCACAGCUCACAGAGCGACUGAAGCUCAUGUCCAAGGGAACAAGCCCGGAUUGCCGAACAGAUUUCAAAUAUUGCAGCGCACGUACUAUUCUUUUACGAGGGGGGUCGGAUUCAGUCAAGCUCAGAAACAAACGGAGGAAGGACGAUGGUCUCAAUCUGCAGGAAAAGCCAAGACGUCAACCAAGGAAGAAGAAUGUCGAUGCUGAGGAUGGCGAUGAUGUCCAGAAGACAGUGGAAGCUUUACAAAACAAGAUGGCCAAAACUGCGCUAAGACAGGCAACAAGGCUGAGCAAAGUGUUUCAUCGUGAUGAAGCUUCGCUACAGGCCAUUGACUGUGAACUGCAGGAGAAGGCGACAAGCGGUGAAACUCCGACUGAGGGCACCAGCAGCAUCGAUCAUGGAGCACCGCUGAUGGAGCAACUCAAGAACAUAACUGAACUGAUGGCGACUCAUCGAGAAUCAAAGAUGUCCUUGAAUGGAUCGAUGACGAAAGAUCUGCAGAAACGAUUUGAUGCGGAGAGAGAUGCUCUUGAUCGUACCAGCGAUAAGGUGGUCGAAGCGUUCAAGGCAAGAAUGGAACAAAUUCUCGAAUGGCGAGCGCAAAUGGCAGACAUGAACAUUUCUGGAAGCUCUGCUGACACCAGUGGCAAUCUUACUGUCGAUCCAACGAAGGACAGCUCUGAUAUGACACCGCCGGAACACUCCAAGGGGGGGUUUGCGUGUGUUUUGAUGGACAGAGAGAACAAAGUCGCGUUUCGACUUGAACCAAUGAGAAGCUCUCUGGAUGCUGCUGCUUGGUUGGCAUUCCACCUUGUCCUUGACAUGUUUGGGAUGAAGGCAGCCAACGCUGUGAAGGAAGACAAGCCUCCUCCUGUCUUCCGCGAGGACCGGGGGAUGAGCGUGAAUGUUCCCGUGCAGGUGUGGAAUCAGACUUCAAUCGUGCGAUGCUACCAGGAGCCAACCGUCGAAGCCUUCUCGAAGCAUGUUGUGAAGCAAAGAAAUCGACUGCUGCGCAAAGCACGAGAGAAACCGUCGCAGAAUGGGGGCAUUCUAAUCUCGUCGUCGAUCGAAGAGAGGAGGAACAGUAUGAUCUUGAUGCCUCUGCUCUGGUUCUGGCACACGAUUUACAUGGAGCCAGUGCCGGAGAACGAAAAUCAAAGUCUGACAGAGAAUGAUUGGACGAGGCGGAUCAAAGGCCGUGAGCUUGCGGACGUUCUGUGCAACCCAGACUCGAAGGGAACAGGCGCUCAGGGGCAGGAGGGUUAUCGCAAUGUCCGCCUCCUGUGCUCUGUCUUCGAGCUUGCAGAGGGAGAUCUCGGCUCGACCGCCAGAAGCAAGUGGCGUGCCGGUGCUCCUCGCAAUAUUGCUAUCAAGGUCUUGGAAGAUAUAGGGAAAUCGCUGCGGUGUAUGCAUGCUUGCGGCGUAGCACAUGGAGAUGUGAAAAUGGCGAACAUUUUGAACGUCGGCGAUGAAUAUUGGCUCGGAGACCUUCCGGCCCUCACACGCGCCACCACAAAGAUGCUGACGGUCGAUCCUGUCGUGAGCACGAGAAUCAUGACGGGAAGGCGCAUGAUGAGCAAUGAUAUGUGGGGACUCGGGUUAGUGACCCUGACGCUCCUUAGCGGAAGUUCGCGAUUCCGAAAGGUCUGCGACAAGUUCAAGAGCAUCAUCGACCCGAAAGACUCCGGGCCCUUGUGGAUGAUUUUUGCUGCUGGUUUCGUCACGUCGCUCUUCAACUUGUCUCGUCGAUCGUUGCCGGGAGAUACUGAGAGGGAACAGCAUCUGUACAAGAUUGGGUCCUCUUUACGCGAGCUGGUCUCCUCGCCUACAGGUCGAAGCAUGAUCAAAAUGUUGUCGAGGGAGCACAGAGAAUCGGCUCGCGCGCACGGAGAAGCUCUUGCGAAGACGGUUUUGCAGCAUGAAGACUUUCCGAGAGUGUGGAAGCAGCUAGUCUACUGCAUGGAUGUCUCCAACAUCGCUCGGAAUGCGCUCGCCAUGCCCCUCCCUUCCGAGAUGGAGGAAAAAGCUCCUUCGCAGUGA